AUGACCGACGAUCCAGAGAAUGGAAUGGCAGACGCCAGGGCCGAUGCGCCCGUGGAGGCAGGAAAGGAGCAUGAGGCAACGCAAACCACCGUCAAGGAAAGCACACUGGUCUAUGACAACAAUUCUCCCGACCCUAGCAGGCGAGAUUCCUAUCGCCCCACGAAACUGCAGAGUAAUUUGACCAUUGUUAGCUGUUACAUCGCCAAUUUCAGCGACGGGUUCCAAAACAGCCUUGCCAAUCCUACCAAUGUGAUCUUCAAAAAGCUCCUAGGCACCGAUGGGUAUCCCUCGGAGAUGCAGACGCGUAUUAGCAAUUCGCUCCUAAUCGGCGCCAUCUUGGGUGUCCUCGCCCUGGGAUACACAUCGGAUAUGUUUUCCCGUCGAGCAGGGUUACUAUUCACCUCUGGUCUCGUGGCGAUCGGAACUCUGAUGUCGACGCUUGCGCUCCAAGUACACCCGACGCACAACAUGCUCUGGUACUUUGUGAUAGUGCGAGGUAUCGCUGGCUUCGGUGUUGGGGGCGAGUAUCCCCCCAGCGCAGCAGCAGGAAUCGAGGAAUCAGACGACAAAAUACCGUGGACCACUGUUUGUUUCCUUCACGACGCUGAUGGCGACCUCGCUGCGCCCAUCCAGAUGAUCGUGUAUCUCAUCUGUCUCAUUGCCAGCAAUGAGAACCUCCCAGUCACCUUCCACGCCAUAUACUCGAUUGCUACGAUAUUGCCAGUGAUAAUCAUGGUUCUGCGUUUCUUCAUGACCGACUCAACCCUAUUCCACAACUCGAACUUCAAACACCAGAAACGUCCGCUCAAGUUCUACCUGCUCCUCUUGAAACGCUAUAGAUGGCGUCUUUUCACCACUUCCCUCGCAUUCUUCCUUUAUGACUUCAUCAACUUCCCCAACAGCAUCAUGUCCAGUACCAUCAUCAACUCCCUCGUCAAGGACCACAACAUCCGGACCACCGCAAUCUGGCAGGUCAUCCUUGGCGCCCUCCCAGUGCCCGGCGUCAUCGUAGGCGCAUGGCUCACCAAUGCAAUCGGACGCCGAUGGACCGGCAUUCUCGGGUUUGCCGGCUACAUGGUCCUUGGGUUCGUCAUUGGCGGCACAUUCCCUCACCUCUCAAAGAAUAUGCCCGCAUUCGUGGUCUUGUACGGACUGCUACAAGCCUUGGGCCACAUGGGGCCUGGUGCAACGAUCGGAUUGAUCUCAACGGAGUCAUUCCCCACAGCCAUGCGUGGAAUGGGGUACAGUAUUGCUACUGCAUUCGGGAGAACGGGUGCCGCGGUUGGGACGCAGUGUUUCACGCCGUUGCAGGAGAGGGCGGGCAAACAGUCGACUUUCUAUCUAGCGGGUGGCGUUGCUAUCCUUGGAAUGAUUGUGUAUUGGUUCUUGCCGGAGAGUAGUGAGUUGAACUUGGAGGAGGAGGAUCGGGAGUUGAGUCAGUUCCUGGCUGAGAAUGGCUUUCCGAUGGAGAAGGCGUGA